AUGUAUGUCAGCAUUCGGCAUUACAUAAAGCAUUACGGAAGUAUAAUUGACACCACUGCAUUGCCAGCUCGUCCCGGUUAUGAUCUGCUCACUAGGAUGCUGUUCAAUGAUAACUACGUAAAGGAUAUUGUAGUCAAGGCCGUCAUUGAGAAAGGUAUCUGCGGAGAUGCGCAGUAUGUUGGCUCUGAAGAGAGGCACGAUGGGAGGAGGAAUGAUGUCGUCUAUUAUCCUUUGGCAACACCUUCGGAAGAGCUUCGUUCUGUUAUUAUGGAAAUCCAAAUGAAUGUCACGAAGGAGUUUGUUUCGUAUGUGCUAACCAAACUAUUCAAGAUGUUCGAGAGGCAGAUCAAGGGGAUGAAAGAUAAAACAGAGGAUAAUACACGAGGAUAUACGCUUGUUGUCGGAAAGUAUAAUUUCAGAUUAUAA